GAGGUGUUACCGAGAAGGGGCAGGCAAAGCAUCUUAUUUUUGUCGACUAAUGUCCUUCUCAGGUGCCAGCCUAAGUGUUGAUUAAGGGAUCCGUUAAAGUAUAGUGAAAACCUGUAGGCUGCUUAUUGGAAAGCUUUAUAAAGAAGGUUGACAGUAAGUCUGUUGAUGUGUAGAGGAGUAUCUCUCAGACCAUGGGAACAAAACAGACAAACAUCCAUGAAGUGCAGCCGGCCUACUUCCUGCUGCGAGCGGCUCUGCUCUCUGUGCUGCUGUGCGGCCCGCAGCGAGUGGCCUCGGACUCAGAUGAAGUGGUCCAGACGGAGUGGGAGGUCUGGAAGAGCAGCCACGGGGUAGCUUACAAAAAACUGGACGACAUGCAAAGGAGGGCCAUCUGGGAGGAGAACAAGCACAUGAUUGAAAACAAUAAUCAAGGGUUUUUCAUGGGCAUGAGGCCGUUCACUAUGGCCAUGAAUAAAUAUGGAGACCUGACAAGAAAAGAGUACAAGGUUUUGCAAGGUGCCAAGAUAGACCCCCAGUAUGUGAAGCGAGGGAAGACCGUCUCGGCCAGAAAGCUGCGCUUCAAUGCUAAAAGGUUAGAUGCUGCGAUUGUGGACUACAGGAACAUGGGUUAUGUUACUGAGGUGAAAGACCAGGGUUACUGUGGCUCGUGCUGGGCCUUCAGCACUACGGGAGCUAUUGAGGGACAAAUAUACAAGAGGACAGGUCAGCUCGUAUCGUUGAGUGAACAAAACCUGGUGGACUGCUCCAGAUCGUACGGUACCUACGGCUGCAGCGGUGCCUGGAUGAGCGACGCCUAUGACUACGUGGUCAACAACGGGCUGCAGUCGACAAACUCCUACCCAUACACCUCAGUGGACACCCAGCCCUGUUACUACGACAGCAGACUUGCAGUCGCCCAUAUCAAAGACUACAGGUUCCUGCCCAAAGGAGAUGAACAGGCUCUGGCUGAUGCCGUGGCAACUAUCGGUCCAAUCACAGUAGCUCUUGAUGCAGAUCAUUCCAGCUUCCUGUUCUACAGCUCGGGAAUAUACGAUGAGCCAGCCUGUAACCCUAACAAUCUGAGUCACGCGGUGCUGCUGGUCGGCUACGGUUCUGAAGGAGGCCAAGACUACUGGAUCAUCAAAAACAGCUGGGGAAGCAGCUGGGGUGAAGGUGGCUACAUGCGAAUGGUCCGAGAUGGCAGCAACACUUGUGGCAUCGCAAGCUAUGCUUUGUACCCUAUUCUAUGAUUCUGAGAAGAUGCUUCAGUCAUGUGUUAAUGCUGAAAUCUUUCACUGCUGUCAGUGGGUCUCAGAAAACAACAUCUGUCAUUGCUUUUUUCUGACACUGCAUACAUGUUUUCAGCUCAUAUGAACUUUCCUUGCUUCUCUCAGGGAUGUAGUGCACACACCAACCUGUGGCCACAAAUACUAUAAGCCUUCCUAAAGUUUGGAUUAGUCUAACUCACCAAAUGUAAAUAAAAUGCAAUUUAUGUCAUUUAAAGUGAAACUAUGGACAGAGGAAAAAAAACACAUUCCUCCACUUUCAAAUGAAACGUGAAUUUGGAAGUAACAACACACUUUUGCUACUAAAACCUUUAAGCUAAUGGUGGCUAUAAUAGGCAUUACUUAGUCAGUUCACUGACUUGGGACUUAUGAAAUCAGUAAUAACUAAAUGAUUAAUUACCAUUGCACAACCCCCAAAGUACAUUUUGUGAAUUUUAAACAAAUGUCUUAUUCUUGUGAAUACUGAAUGAUUCACUGAGCAAUCAUCUUUUGGAAAUAGAUCUUAAUGCCUUAAUUAAAAAAAUACAAAAAAUCCACAAUUUUCUUUGUGAAUGAAUAAUGUCUUGUAAUAAAAUAAAUGUUGUUCCUUAAAAUAGGCCAGGUAUUUUAUGGAUCCAGGAUACUUUGUAUCCUGAUAAACUUCCCUUGGCCUUUGGAAUUAAAAUAUCCUCCCACAUGAUCACAUAACCUUUACCAUACAUACCUUGGCAUGGGGAACUUUCCAUAAGAUCAUCUCUCAACGCAAAUCAAAUCAACUAUUAAGCUAACUGAAAUAAAACCAUGCCAAUCUCUAGGUAUGGUGAAAGGUAUGUGAUGAUGUGUGUGUGUGUGUGUGUGUGUGUGGGGGGGGGUGUUCUAUUUGAAAUUCCAAAGGCCAAGUGAACUUUAUCAGGAUGCAUAGUAUCCUGGAUCUAUGUAAUAACUGGCCUUUAAAAAUAAAAAAGUGCUUCUGUGGGAAUUUAACAUAGGGGGGUGUAUAGUUAUGCCCCCUGUAUUUAAGGAAGAACAUUUAUUUUUCUAUUUACAAUACAUUAUUAAGUUUCAUUAAGAAAAUUGGUGUCCUUAAAAGUUAGAUUUUUCCAAAUUUCUUUAACUAAGGCAUUAAUGAAUUUCCAAAAGAUGUUUUUUUAUUGAUCUUUAACAUAGUACUAAAUUACAUCUUCAGUAGGGGAUGGAUGAUGACAAGGUGGUGGGUGUGGGGGGUAUGGCUCAAAUUGUAUUUGUUUGAGAAAGAACAAAGAAUAUGGUGCUUUGUAUUUUCAAUGCAAAUAAAUGUUUGCCUGCAUUUUUUUCUACCAUUAUACACAACAUGUUAUACUUACUGGAUAAAGUGAAAGGUUUUAACUUCUGAACU